CGAGUAAUAUUUACAUUUAAUUGCAAGUACCGAUAGGAUGAUUAUAGAUAAUUAAACAAUCCAGUUGCCUGGAGGAAAAUAAUCGGUAUUGAAGUAAAAUGAAAAAAUAGUUGUCUGUGUGCAGUAAUCGAUGGAUGCUCGUGCCGGUAUAAAUGCGCCCGCGAACCACGGGAUCGGUUUACUCGUUCGGGAAAUGCAUCCCAGGUUGGUGGGUAUCUUUUGGUGUCACUGUGCGGUCAUGCACACCUCCGUUAUUUUACUGUUAGUUGUGUGUGCAUCGCAUUGUUACCAGCCGCCUCCAGCGGAGGCUUACAUGACCAGGUGGGACAAGCUCAAUUUGGACCUCGUUUUGGAGAACAAAAAGCUGCUCCAUCAUUACUACAAUUGUUUGAUGAACAAGGGACCUUGUCCUCCUGAUGGCCGCGAAUUGAAGCGAGCUUUGCCGGAAGCAUUGAGUACUGAGUGUGCAAAGUGUUCCAAGAGCCAAAAGGAAGGCGCGAUUAAAAUUAUCAAGUACUUGAGAGAAUACAAACCGAAAGAAUUUGGAAUACUUGCCAACAAAUAUGAUCCUGACGGAGUGUAUCGUAGAAAAUAUUUUGCAUCAAAAGAUACCAAUAAUUUGACGUAAUUAC